GCUGCUGGGCUCGGGGCCCCGGCACCAUGUGGGGCAGCAGGAUCCUCCCUGAGUUAGGGGACGGUGGCGGCUUGCGCAGCUACAAAGCCGGCCCAGAUUACUCCUCUGCGGGAUGGUUAUCUGGUACUGAAUCACUGUGGCAGGCCUCAGCCAUUCCAUCGAGCAGCCGAAGUAACCAUAUCAGAAGACACAGUAUAGCUUCUGACAGCGGGGACACAGGCAUUGGUACCUCCUGUUCUGAUAGUGUGGAAGAUCAUUCAACGUCAAGUGGUACUUCCUUGUUUAAGCCCAGCCGAUCACUGGUCUCUAUUCCCACUGCCCAUGUGAUGCCGUCUAAUGCCAGCUCUUCACUUUCCAAACACAGGGAAGCUCUGAAGUCUGACUGCUCACAAUGGAGUACAAACCUUUUACGAUCAGGAGGAAGUCAAAAUCUGGGCAUAGUGGACAGCUCUCUUGACAUGAAGGAUGUGAGACCUGUAAGGAAGUGGUCAUCCUUGUCUAAACUCAGCACACCAGAUAGCUGCAGUCAGGAUGAAAGUGUCCUUUCAGGGGACUCCAGGGCUAGUACUGACAGAUCAGGGAGAGACAAGAACAUGUCACCACAAUUAAGGACAAAUGGGCCAAGUUGUUUGCAUAAUAGCAUGGAAUUGCUAAAAGUUGAGGACAAAGAAACUGGGAAAAAACGAUCUUCUACGCUGGAUUGUAAAUACAAAUUUGAAAGUUGCAGCAAAGACGACUUUGGUGUUUCAGAUGCCUCGAAUAGGAGACAUGUCUUUGACAUGACCUACAGUGCCUUACCUGAAAGCAAGCCCAACUCAGCCAGCGGUGAGGCUUUUGGGCACAGAUAUGCAACACUGGGACAGCAGGCUAUGAACGGAGUACCUAUUCAGCCGUCAGUGAGGACUCAAAUGUGGCUUACAGAACAGUUGCAUGCAAAUCCUCUGGACUGUAGGACUGCUGAGGAGUCAUAUGGUUUGACAGCUUGGCAACUGCAGCAGCUUGAAGAUCUUACAAGGGGAAACGAGCACUCGAUGCAGGUUCUGACUGGAUCGUCUCGUCAAGGUUACACAGGUGCAGGUUAUCAGGAUUUCAGUAAUUGGGAAUCCCUUAUGAAAAUCAAAGAAGGGUUGCUAAGACAAAAAGAAAUUGUGAUUGAUCGGCAGAAGCAACAAAUUAACAGUUUACAUCAGAAGAUACGGGAGAAUGAAUUACGGGCUCAACAUGCCAGGCUGAGCCAUCUUGUGAAUUGUGAAGAAUCUUAUGUGACUAAUUUACAGCAUUCACAAUAUGAGAACACAUCAUUGCAAGCUCCAUUUUCAGAAAGAUCAGUAUCCCACUGUGAGGAGCUUGAGCAAAAGCUUGCAUCAGUUGAGAAUAAGGAAAUGCAACUCAAUGAGUUUCUCAAGCAAAUUUCAAACAAAUCCAGUGAAGAGAAAAAGAAGAUGGAAGAGAAACUUAAAACCAGAGACAGGUACAUAAAUAGCCUGAAAAAGAAAUGCCAAAAAGAGUCUGAACAAAACAAAGACAAACAGAGACGAAUUGAAACGCUAGAAAAAUAUCUAGCUGACCUGCCAACGCUGGAUGAUGUAGAAAGGCAGAGUAAGCAGCUGCGCAUUCUAGAAGAGAAGAACAAGCAACUGCAAGAAACAGUGACCGAUUUGGAGAAGAAGCUUGGAGAGACUAGAACACAAUGUAGGGAGAAAGAGCUGCAACUCGUGUGUCAGAAAAAGAAAGAAAAAGACCUGGUCACCACAGUGCAGAGUUUGCAACAGAAAGUAGAAAAAUGCCUGGAAGAUGGUAUCCGCCUUCCCAUGUUGGACACAAAACAGCUUCAGAGUGAGAAUGAAUGCCUCAAAGAAAAGAACGAGAAAGCCCGCAAGGUCAUAGACAAUCAACAAAAUCAGAUAGCUGGGAUGAUGAUAGAAAUUCAGUCUAUGGAAGAAAAGCUUUUGCAAGGGAAAGUGACAAUGCAGAAGAUGACAAAUGAGACUGAAGAAAAAGAAAGGCAUAUACAGCAGUUAAAUAAAACUCUGCUUGAAAACCAAAGACUAAUGGAAGAGAAUGCCUUUUUGAGGGAGCAGCUAUGCCAGAUGGAACAGUGCAGACAGCCAGUGUCUGAAAAGAUGCCGGUGGCUGACCAGUUGUUCAAAGAAAUGUCCCAUUGUUUGUUUGACUUGAAAGCACUAUGCAGUAUUCUCACCCAGAGAGCUCAGGGCAAGGAGCCUAACCUCUCCUUACUGCUGGGAAUCAGAUCAAUGAGCUGUUCAGCUGAAGAGAAUGAGAAUUACCACAGCACAGAAACUCUCACCAAGAAACUCUCGGAGGUGUGUCAAUUACGGAAGGAUAUUGAUGAACUGAGGACUACAGUAUCAGACCGUUAUGCUCAGGACAUGGGAGACAACUGCAUUACCCAAUGAUAAAUUUUUGGUCUCACAGCAGUGACUACAUUAUUAAAUGCUGCUGUGUUACAGAUCUUUGCAUUUCGAUGAAGGAGCCAUAUGGGAAGAUUGCAUACUGUAUAUGAGCUGCACAUGGGUGUCUGAUGGGUCUGAGGGUUGUGCAUAUUUAAUUUGGGGGAUGGUGAGGAAAUCUUAAUUUGAAGAGAGUGGUACAGAUCUCAAGAAAAUCUGUGUUCUCCAAACUAUUGAAUGUAGGACCAAGCUGUGAAGAAUGUUCCCAUUAGAGAUGUAGGAUUUUAUUUCCUCCCUCAUGGCUCAUUUAAACAAUCUGUGUGGUUAUAUUGUUUUCCGGCAUCAAAGCAAAGUCUCAGAAAAUGGCAUUAUUGUUACUACUGUACUUACUUUCCUUCGGAGUUGGAGUUGCACAGUCUGAAUUCAAAGGCUGGAGUGACACGUUCAAGCACCCAAAGGUGUAGAGAAAAAAUGGACCGUGGAGCCAGAUACUUCUGCAAAACACAUCAUGUUGGAAACUGCAAUUGGGGUGGUCUUUGACUACUACAAAAGGUGGUUGCUCUUUUUAUAAUUGCCUUGUGAUUAGGUAAGGGAAAGAAGGUGUGGUUUCAGCAGCUGAUCCCUGUUGAUUAUUAGGGUUUUUAUUUUAUCCAGCAACAGUCUAGGCAAACAAACUCUGUAUGUGAAUGUGGUCCCAUCAGAUUUAGAUGUUAGCCUUCCUCAUAUGUCCAUCUUUUAACAUGUUGCUAAAAACUUUGUUUCAGUAAUAUGAAGACUGACACAAACACACAAAAGCCAGCUGCUGUAAGUCUUAAGACUGGCUUUCUGUCAGAAAAAAGGACACUGGAGAUGUCUCAUGGUGUGUGUACUCAGGGUCGGUGCAAGGAAGUUUUGCGCCCUAGGCGAAACUUCCACCUUGCGUCCCCCCAGCCCUGCAGCAGCUCC